CUUCUUCUAUUAUGACACGCACACGCACACUUUGAUAGCUCACAGCAUCCCAUUUUGGGCGCCCAAUCUAAACAAAACUUCGCCGUGCCGAACGGACCCUAUGAGUCUUAGAGAGCGAUCAAACAAAGAGUAGGAGAGAGAAUCUGAGGGGUAUAAUUUCAAAGUUUUAACGGGUCAGUCGUGGCACCGAUAAAGAGCUGAUUCUUAUUUCUGACUGCCAUUUUUUUUUUGUAUGUAUCUCUGAUUCUCACCGCCAUGGAGAAACUUUCCUGGUGAUGUAUGUCGUUAACAUCACAUAGAAACUUCUUGUCUAUAUAUAACAUACUCAAUUUCUCAUCUUCAUUUUCUUCUCCAAAACCAAAGAAUUUCUUCCUACUUCAUCCUAGUCACAAAUUUCAAUCAUCAUCUUAUAUUAGUCUUCGUCCUCGUACAUUUGGGUUAACUGAUUCAAUAUCUGAGUUAACAAUGCCUAAUCGCAAGGGAAAAACUGGAGAUAAACGAGGUCAUCAAGUAUGGAAAGAAAGUUCAAAAUAUGGAGAUUCUUCUUUAGUUGCAGAUUCAGUGGGUUCAGCUAAUUCAGCUGCGGAUCAAGGUAAAAACAAUAAGUUAACUGGAUUAAGUAUUGGUGAACUGAAAAAACGAGUGCAAAAUGUAGCUUCAACGGUACAGUUUGGUAGUGUCCCUUCGAUACAGCAAGCACAUGUGCAGAAUAUAGCUUCACCGCUACAAUUUGGUAGUGUCCCUUCGAAAGAACCGAGUCCCGUCCAAGGCGAGAAAACCGUAUGGAAGCCUAAACAGUAUGGAACUGUUAGUGGACCGACAAAUUUUAUAGUUGGAGCUGGGAAUCCUGAUAUAACCGUGACUUCAAUUAACAACAUCAACGACCAGAAUGAUGGAGCUGCUUCAGCUGAAAAGAAAAGUGCUGGUUCGAGUAAAGUAGUUAGAGGUUCACUAGCAGAAGAUUUUGUUACGGAUAAAUACUCUUAUUCUAAUGCUAAGAUCAGGGCGACUUUUUAUCCUAAAUUUGAGAAUGAGAAAUCAGAUCAAGAGGUGUGGUAUUCUUCUGCGGGACAUUAUUCAUUGCUACAUUUUCUUUGUCCGCAGGUCAGAACAAGAAUGAUAGAAAUGGUCUCUAAAGGCUUGGCAUCUUUGGAGGUCUCCCUUAAACACUCCGGAUCUCUUUUCAUGUAUGCUGGGCAUGAGGGCGGAGCAUGUGCAAAGAACAGUUUCGGCAACAUAUAUACUGCUGUUGGUGUUUUUGUUCUUGGGAGGAUGUUUCGUGAGGCUUGGGGUACCGAAGCCUUCAAGAAGCAAGCAGAGUUUAACAUCUUUCUUGAGAGAAAUCAUAUGUGUAUAUCAAUGGAACUGGUUACUGCUGUUCUAGGAGAUCAUGGCCAGCGUCCUUUAGAAGAUUAUGUUGUAGUGACCGCAGUCACAGAGUUUGGCAACGGAAAGCCGAAGUUCUACUCCACUCCAGAAAUAAUUGCAUUUUGUAGGAAAUGGCGCUUGACUACAAAUCAUGUUUGGUUGUUCUCAACAAGGAAGUCAGUUUCUUCAUUUUUUGCUGCCUAUGAUGCCUUAUGUGAAGAAGGAACUGCUACGCCUGUAUGCAAGGCCCUUGAUGAAGUCGCCGAUAUAUCUGUACCAGCGUCAAAAGACCAUGUACAAGUACAAGGUGAAAUCUUAGAAGGUCUGGUUGCCCGAAUGGUGAGCCAUGAGAGCUCGAAACACAUGGAGAAAGUUCUGAAGGAAUUUCCCCUGCCCUCUGAAGGAGUCACCCAUGAUUUAGGACCUAGCCUACGGAAGAUAUGUGCCGACAAUAGAUCAGACGAAAAACAGCAAAUAAAAGCGCUCCUUCACAGUGUUGGAAGCUCUUUCUGCCCCGACUUGGUGGACUGGUUUGGAGAUGGAAGCAGUGAUGCUCACUUGAGAAAUGCUGACCGCUCUGUUGUUUCGAAAUUCCUACAAGCAGCUCCAACUGAUUAUGCCACAACUAAGUUGCAGGAAGUUGUUCGUUUGAUAAGUGAAAAACGGUUCCCAGCUGCUCUUAAAUGUUACUGUAACUUCCAUAAGAUAACCUCUCUUGCAGCAAAUAACGUACAUUUUAAGAUGGUUAUCCAUGUAUAUAGAGAUUCAGCUUUCAGGCAGUACCAGAAGGAGAUGAGGCGUAAUCCAGGCCUGUGGCCAUUGUAUAGAGGAUUUUUUGUUGACAUAAACUUGUUCAAAGUGAGCAAGGACAAAGCUGUAGAAGGCAACAAUGUGCAAUCAAAGAACGCAAAUGGUAGCUCCGAGACAAGUACAUCCGGAGCAGAUGGUUUAGCUGAUGAAGAUGCUAAUCUGAUGGUCAAAUUGAAAUUCCUCACAUAUAAGAUACGGACUUUUUUGAUUCGAAAUGGGUUGUCAAUUCUUUUCAAAGAUGGCCCGGCAGCUUACAGAACUUAUUAUAUGAGGCAAAUGAAAAUAUGGGGUACAUCUUCUCAGAAGCAAAAGGAACUCAGCAAGAUGCUAGAUGAAUGGGCUUCGUAUAUACGAAGGAAGUGUGGAAACAAGCAGUUGUCAUCCUCCAUAUAUCUCACUGAGGCUGAGCCUUUCCUUGAGCAAUAUGCAAGACGCAGUCCACAGAAUCAGAUUCUUAUAGGAUCUGCUGGGAAUUUAGUAAGGUCCGACGAUUUCCUGGCAGUUGUUGAAUCAGGCAGGGAUGAAGAGGGUGACCUUGAAACAGAACGGAAUGCAACAACUUCUAGUCCUACUCGUACUGUAAUGGAUUCAGUUCGAAAAGACGAGGGUCUGAUUGUAUUUUUUCCUGGAAUACCAGGCUGUGCCAAGUCUGCACUGUGCAAGGAAAUAUUAAAUACUUCUGGUGGACUUGGUGAUGACCGUCCAGUACAUAGCCUCAUGGGUGAUCUUAUCAAAGGAAAAUACUGGCAGAUGGUUGCUAAUGAACGCAGGAAGAAACCGUACACUAUAACUCUGGCUGAUAAAAACGCACCAAAUGAAGAAGUUUGGAGACAGAUUGAGGAUAUGUGCAGAAGCACAAGAGCUUCUGCAGUUCCAGUUGUUCCUGAUUCUGAAGGAACUGAUUCAAAUCCAUUCACUCUUGAUGCAUUAGCUGUUUUCAUCUUUCGUGUGCUUCAACGGGAAAAUCACCCUGGACUUCUGGACAAGACGUCUCCAUGUGUUGGUUAUGUCCUGCUGAUGUUUUACCAUCUUUAUGACGGAAAGAACCGCGGUGAGUUUGAGAGUGAGCUGAUUGAGCGUUUCGGCACUCUUGUCAAAAUACCAUUACUCAAGCCUGACAGGAGUCCUCUACCUGAUCCUGUGAAGUCUAUAUUAGAGGAGGGAAUAUGUCUUUUCGAGCUUCACAGAAACAAACAUGGAAGAUUGGAGUCCGGCAAAGGGUCAUAUAAGAAGGACUGGGCGAAUUGGGAAAUACGGCUACGUCAGGUUGUACUUGCUAAUGCGGACUCUCUCAAUGCUAUUCAGGUUCCGUUUGAUUGUGUGGUCAAACAAGUGUUGGAGCAACUAAAAGCUGUUGCUAAAGGCGAAUCUAGAACACCUACUAUAGGGAAGCCGCGGUUGAGAACAACAAUUAUCUUUGCUGCGGUCACUCUUCCAGUCGCAGAAAUCAGGACCUUCCUAAAUGGGUUGUGUGAGAAGGAUCCGAGAAUUAAAGGUUUCCUCCAGGACAAGGAUUUGCUGAGCUGCGUCACGAAAGCUCAUGUAACUCUUGCGCACAGGGGAAGCCACGGCAUUGCAGCUGUCACUAAUUAUAGUAUGUACCUCAAACGAGAUUUACCGGUAGAUCUUACAUCCCUACUCUUUUCGGAGAAAUCUGCUGCAUUAGAGGCCUGUUUAGGGUCAGUUGAUGGUGAGAAGAUAAGUUCGAAAAAUGAAUGGCCCCACGUUACCAUAUGGACUGCACCAGGAGUAUCUCCCAAAGAAGCAAAUACACUACCUCAACUGGUUUCAGAGGGCAAGGCAAUUCGCAUUAGUAUAAAUCCACCUUUCAACAUUUCUGGCACAUUAGACUUCUACUGAUUUGUCAUGGUAACUUAGUUUAGAAGUUUUGCUUACUGGGGUGAACUGUAUCAACUCAAAGGGAAAGAGAAAUUGUGGAUGGUAUAGAGUUACGUCAGAUCAGGGGAGAUGUAUCUUUUUUGACAAUUUUAAAUAAGAGGUAGGAUCCAAUGACAUGGUUAUAUUGACAUAAUCAUGACAUGGUUUGACCAUUUUUUCUAAAACACCCAAGUGAUAAUGUAUUUGAAUCUAAUUUUUUGAUGACAUGUUCCACUUAUAUAGCUUUACAGUCCUACCAAAAAUGAGAACAUUCAGAGAUGUAUAAGACUACUAUCUACCAUUUUGAAUAUCAACUGUUAAAAAUUAACGGUUGAAAUUAAAUUUUCUGGAUGGUGAAAUUUUCGUAUAUCGAAAUACUCUCAUUUUUGGCAGGAAUGAAUAUUAGCUUCAA